AGGAAUAUCUGCAAAGUGAAAUCACAAUUAUAUUGGUUUCCCACGAAGAUCAAAUUUCGGUAGCUCACCUUUCCCUUUACCCUCUCUCGGACAUACACUCUAUAUAACAACUUGCUUGCAAGCUUCUUCAGAUCAGUCGCACUCAGCCCAUAAUCUUCUCCGUCUUCGCCUAAGCCUUAAACCCUCGUUGAGUAGCGUCAUAUUUUGCACUUUCAACAUGGAAAGAAACAGCCAUCCAAAACGUUCCUCCAGGUGUACGAAAAUCCGUGAAGCACUGUCAAACAGUUCCGCCGUGCGAACUAUUCAUCGCAUCUCGCACUAUCAUCACCAAGAACCUUCCGGUUCUCCAUUGCCUCGACCUCGGCAUCUCAGAGGAAAUUAUAACGGCGAAGGAAACGGAGCAAUUCCCAUCAAGUUCGUUGAUCACCCAAACCCCACUUUCAAUGGGCAGGCCCAAGUAGGCAACGUUGCUACCAGGAUUGAACCUGAACGACCACACUAUGCUGCUGUGGACGCAGCAGCUGGGCUUAAAGGUGAAGAUAAAGGCAAGCCUGCGGCGCGGGGUUUUGAUCAGCAACAUGAUAAUAAGAAGGAUGUGAAUUAUAUGUUCGGUGAGUACAUUCAAAGGGCUAGAGAGAAAUUUAGAACCAUGUCCAACAUUGGGAAGGGGCAGAGCAAGCCUGCACCGGACGAGGCUAGUCUGAACGUUGCCAAGAAAAAGGAUACCCACAAAGAUCACAUUUCUGAGUUUAUCAACCGUACUAAGAAGAAGAUCAGAACUACUUCAAGUAUUCGAUUCGGAAAGAAUGAAUCGUUGAAAAGGCGGAUGUAUGCAGAAACGUAAUUACUCUAUCAAACCCAGCCCAUGUUCACAUAUCAAAUGCACGAAGGAAGGGAAGAGAGACAGAAGAGUGAAGUCUGGAGAACGUUCUAAGUAUUUGAAGAACCUCGUUGAAAUCAGUUUGCAUCAUCUCUCAUGCCCCCGUUUACAUGAAUGUGUGCGGUUAUAGAUGUGGGCUUAGACUUGAAUUUUUUUUUUUAGCUUGUAUUUUUUAUGUAGAGUCGAUAGUUCAGAUAAAGCCAGACAGGCUAACCGAAAUCCAUCUAAAAAAAGUUAGGACUAAAUUUAGUUAUAUAGACUUUUUUUUAAAAAAGGUAAGAUACUUUAAGUCUAGUCAAAUUGAAUUUGACCUGAACAAGUUUGACCAUUGAAAUUUUCGACUAUUUAUAUAUAGAAUUAAUAAUUUUAGCUAAAUUUGACAAGCCAACCUGAAUUCAAUUGAAAAAAGUUAAAACUAGACUUAGUUAUAUGAGUUUUUUUAAGGGAAUAAGAUACUUUAAACCCAAUUCAUAUAAGCAAACUCAAAUUGAGUCCAACUCGAGUGAGGCUGGCUCGCCCGAAUUAUCGACUUUAUUUUUAUGUAUAUAUGCAACAAUUUGUUUUAGGAUAAGCCAAAAUAACAGCAUUCCUAUCAUCUUCUAACUCUUGUCGGGCCACGUUGACUCGAUUUCUCCAUCAAGUCUAGUCUAUUGAACUCAUAACUUUAAAGAGUCA